AUGAACAUCCUCCACUCCACCCUCUCCACCUGGCGAGACCGUCUCGCCCCCGUCUCCCGCACCUCAACCUUCCGAACAACCGGCCAGAUCACCCCCGAAGAGUUCGUCCUCGCAGGCGACUACCUUGUCUACAAGUUCCCCUCCUGGUCCUGGGCCGAUGCCGCGACCCCCGCAAAGCGUGUCUCCUACCUUCCGCCCGGAAAGCAGUUCCUGGUCACCCGCGGCGUGCCAUGUCACCGACGGCUAAACGACAACUUCGCCGGGGACGCAGGCCACGAAGACGAGAUCGUCCGUGGCAUGCUAGCGGGUGAGGGGGACAACGAUGACGAUGGUUGGUUGCGGACGGGAGGCGGCGAUAACGCAGCAUCGUCGUCAUCAUCUGCUCGGAUCGGCGAUGUACGGACGGUCGACGAGGCCGGGAAUAUGGGCGAGGUAGAGGAACCAGAGGAGGAUGAGAUUCCGGAUAUGGAAGAUGAGGAUGAUGAUGAAGAGGCGAUUAUUCGGGAACCGGUGACGGGGACGACGCAACCAACCCGCACCUACAACCUCUACAUAACCUACGCCAACUUCUACCGCACCCCGCGCCUCUACCUCUCCGGCUACCUCUCCGCAUCUGAACCCCUCCCGCCCCAACUAAUGAUGGAAGACAUAGUCGGCGACUACAAAGACAAAACCGUCACCCUCGAAGACUUCCCCUGGUUCGAAGGCAGCGUAAAGAUGGCGACCGUGCAUCCAUGCCGGCACGCCUCCGUGAUGAAAACCCUCCUGGAUCGCGCCGACGCAGCGCUCAAGAUCCGUCGCGAUAAGCUCAAGGCCGCGGCCUCGGCGCACGCAGAGCCUGAUGCGAAGGUCGCUGCCGGAGCGGGCGGGUUGGAAGGGUUAGUAGAUGAUGUUAAGGGAUUGUCGGUGAGUGAGGGACAUGGCGGCCAGGGGCAAGCAGGUAGUGGUGGUGAUGAGUGGGAGAUGCUGCAGCAUGAUGAGGAGGAUCAGGUUGCCAUCCGCGUGGAUCAGUAUCUGGUUGUGUUUUUGAAGUUUAUCGCUAGUGUUACGCCGGGGAUUGAGCAUGAUUUUACCAUGGGGGUCUAG